UAUCUGACUGUAACAAAAGGAUACCGCUUAUCUGCCGCGCGAUUGCCGCAAAGAAGCCGCUUUAGAUAAGAGCCGCGCUACUGAUAGUAGUCAAAGGAAGUCGUAAGUGAACGUCUCGAUUUUUCUAGUAAACUACUUAACUACUGGAAAUUCCUAGAACAUUCAGGAAACCCUGCCGGUAGGUAUAUAAAGCGAACAGUUACAGCUGUGUGCUGUGUGCUAUCACCAGACAGUUGAAGAUAUGAGUGAGAGAGUGACUAGCAGACAGAUUGGCUAGACAGAGUGGUUUUAGUAGUGAGAUAGUGUUAAGUAAGUGUUAUUAGUUAUUAUUUGUAAAGAAGUAGAAGAGUGAAGAGUAUUGAGUAUUAGAAAUCUGUAAAUAUUAGUAGGUAAAUAGUGCAAGUAUUGUUAUACUUAUAAGUGGACUUGUUGAAAUAAAGUAGUAGUUUAAAGUUUUAAAGUGAGUUGUUGGUUUAUUGAAGAACGAAGAACCCACGGAAAAUACGACGGGUAAAAGUCGUAACAAUAUUCAAUAUUGUUCAUCCCAGUCAGUUAGUUUAAACUGUUUAAAGUGUCGAGUCCAGUGUCGCAAAAUUUUCAACACUAUGAGUGACGGCCGAAAACGAUUAAGUGGAGCGCAAUACAAGACGCUUGCUGAGGAAAAGCGGAGAAAACUUCAUGCAGUUUUAGACAAAACAAAAAAAUUAAACAACUAUUUUUUAAUUAAACCUACAACUACAACUUCCAAAGCGCAAACACAUGAUUCGGAUUCGGAAUCGGAGACUGUUACUGCUGUGUCUGCUGUACCUAUACCACCAGAUAAUGCGGAAGCGAUGGACACGGAGCCAAGUGAGAGGUCAGAAUCUAAAAUAGAAGCAUCUGCAUGUGCAUCAGCUUCAGUAAAUCCACAAUGUUUACAAGCAGUUAUCAGUAACGACCCUGCCGAAUGGAAGGCCAACGAUGCUACUAUCGAUUAUUUGUUGUCCUUACCAAAUGAAAUAUGCCAAAAUACAGAUGAGGAUUUUUCACUAACAAAAACUGUUAUUGGCAAUAAGACUUACUAA